UAGUCUUCAGCUACACCUGCGUGCUUCACUGUGAUUGCCCUAAAAAUUCUUGGAAAAGCAAAACGAAAACUAUAAUUGGCUAUAGAUUUGUGUGUAUUUCAUGCAAAAGUGCAAGAAUUGUCCAAACGUCAGCUGGCAACUCUAAAGCAACUGCGCAGUCGCAGUCGCAGCGCAGCGCCUGGGCGCCAGGCGCACAACGACAACAAUUGUUGUUGGCAUAAUUUGAAAGUAUAUUCUGUGGGAGCAGCCACGCCUUGUUCUUCCCAGCUUCGCCCACUGCAUUGAUCUCUACACUAGCGACGCCAUGACUGAGAAUCAGGUAUAUCCCAUGUCAUCGGAAUUCUUUGACAGCGGCUCGAACAGUAGCAGCAAUCCGUUGAAAUACGAAUUAUAUGCGCUGGCCGCGCCCACGCUGAGCAUACAGACCGGCAGCUACAACAGCAGCAACAACAAUAGCAGCAGCAACAGCAACAACAACUCGAGUGCCAUUUCGAGCAGCAGCGGCAACAGCUACACAUCGAAUGUAAUGCUGAGCACAACAGCAAUCAGCAUACCGCGCAGCAACAAUCCCAAUCAGAGCCAUCAUCAUAGCCACCAUCAUCAUCCGUAUCAGCAGCUAAGCGGAACGCCGACGUUGACGCCUACUCCACGCCAGCAGCAACAUCAUUUGCACAGUUUGCCCAGCAUGGCGCAGCAGCAGCAACAAUUGCAACAGCAGCAGCAGCAGCAGCAGCAACAGCAGCAGCAGCAACAACAGCAGCAGCAGCAACAGCAGCCGCUGCAGCUAGGUGAACUCUCCGAUUUUGGUUUGGAUGCAUUGGAUGCAGCUUCGCUGUCACCAACUCUACUGCAGGACGUUAGCCUGGGCGCCACCUCGCCAUUGAGCACCACUUUGUACAGCAGCAGUGCCAACGAUUCAGGCGGCCACAAUGCUGGUGGCAACAGCAGCGCUGCCGGCGCCGGCGUCGGCAGCAGCAACUAUUUUACGCCCGAUCUGAGCUCGUGUCUCAGCUUGAACUUGACAUCGGAGCAGUCGCUGCUGCAGGAUGUGGUCCAUGGCAAUGCGCUGCUCUACGAGAUGACACCCAACUCGAAUGCCAUGUGGAGCGACAUUAGCAGCGCAAUCGUUCAUACCAAACACGAGCCGUUUAAUCUGGACGAUGACUAUAUCUUUCCCAACGACAAGGCCGAGAUGCAGGCCGCUGAGCUGGCUGAAUUGAAUGGCGGCGACUUCCUGGAUGUGAUGAGCACCAUUGAGGAUUUGCUGCCGGCACAGAACUUUUUGCUAUCGCCGCAAUCGCAAACGCAAGAUGGUUUACCGCUGGAGCUGCUGCAGCAACAACAGCAGCAGCAGCAUCAGCAGCAACAGCAAACGCAGCUGGAAGCUUUGCUCUCGCAGACGCAACAACAAGCGGAUAACUUUGAGCUCUUCCAUAGCACACCACAGAAGCCACCAUCUCAAUUGGGCUCGAGCUUCUCGCCGGGCAGCCAAGCAUCGCAAUCGCCGUUGACGCCACCUCCGCCGCCGCAUGCCAGCCGCUCACAAUACCAGCUGGUUAAGUCGCGCAACAUGCAGGAGCUUGCGAAGAAGGGCAUGGCCAUGUCCUCGUCGCCCGACCGCCAUUCGCUGCUCAGCCAGACGGCUGCACUCAGCCCGGGAGGCAGCAGCAGUGGCUUUGGCAGCGCUGCCAGCGGCAACAGCACAACAACUGCUGCUGGAAAUGCUAGCUCCAGCUCCAAUCAGAGCCCCGGUCAGGUGGUCAUCACGGCAACUGCCGCCACGGCUGGCAACAUUCGCAAAUCCUUUGGCUAUCCAACUGGAGGCAACGGCGGUGGCGGUGGCGGUGGCGGUGGCGGUGGCGGCGGCGGCUCCUCCGUGGAGAGCUCCCAGCUAUCGCGCCUAUCAUCGUCGGCGCCGACGCAUUUGGGCUUGGAGCACAUUUGGAUGCGGCGUGAGCCGCGACAGCAUUUACUCUCUACCGGCUCGCUGGCCGAGGCCGAGAGCUUCUCCUCACUGAGCACCGGCAGCGUUUUAUCGCCCGAUGGCAUCGAUUUCUCGCAGGAUGACGAGGACGAUGCCUCCAGUGACAAUAGCGACAACUACGACGACUUUAGCAGCGAUAAUGGCUCUGGGGAUGAGGAUGAAACACGCACAUCGACACCGAAUCAGUUGGGCAGCAGCAAGGGCAAGGAACGUUUCUUUUGGCAGUACAAUGUGCAGGCCAAGGGACCGAAGGGCAAACGGCUGGUCUUCCAGUCCAAGCUAGAGGAUCCACAUUUCCUCAACGAGGUCACGGAUCCCGUGUUCAGUCCCACUUGCUCGGUGCGCGGCAUAAAGGUGUAUAAGCACAGCGGCAAGGCACGCAAGGGCGAUGGCAACGAUCUGACGCCGAAUGCGCGCAAGCUGCACAACAUCGGCAAGGAGCUGGACAAGCUGAGUCGUACCAUCAACGAUAUGACGCCCGUAUCAGAGCUGCCCUUCAAUGUGCGUCCGAAGUCGCGCAAGGAGAAGAACAAGUUGGCAUCCCGUGCCUGCCGGCUGAAGAAGAAAGCCCAGCACGAGGCCAACAAAAUCAAACUAUAUGGCCUGGAAAUCGAGCACAAGCGCCUGAUCAAUGGCAUCGCAGAACUGAAGCAGGCGCUGGCACUGAAGCAUCGCACAAAGAGUCAGGGCGAGUCCACCGAGGAGGUGGAUCAGCAAAUACAACGCAUUUAUGCAACGGCAUCAUCGGGCAUACGUAUUGCGGGCGGCUCGACCGAUUUUGUGAAUAAAGUCUUGGAGAAUAUGCGAGGCGGCAUGCCCAAUGGCGGGCUCGAGGAUCUGCGCAAAUCAUAGGCCAAAUAUCCAAAGCUUAAACGAACCGCCCAUCAAGUUUAGCCUUAAGCAUUGACUAGCAUGUAGCCAUAGCUCUCGCCAAUUAGAUUCGUAUCCUAUAGCCCGGCAAUGUAACCCAGACGUAACCACACAACAAUACCAAACUAAUCAAACAAACAAUUUUCAAAAAUGUUCUGCUUGACUGCGUGAUAAAAUGUGAAUGCGAACAGGAGUAGAGAGAAGCGAGAAAGCGAGAAAGUGAAAAAGUGAGAAUGUGAGAAAUAGUUUUAACUGUGAUUAAGAAGCCUGGCGUUGCAUGCAACAGUUAAGCUUGUUUGGCCAGCGCUAAAAAAUUGAAACGAAAGAAAAUAGAAUUCCCUGGGUAAAACUAAAAUUAAAAUAUAUGAAACAAAAUGUAAAGAAAGAGGCAACCAUAAAACAAAACACACGACGAAAAUUCGUUUAGUUUUUAAGGAGAAUAAGAAGAAAAGAAACGAACACAAGAAUUGAAGAG